CAGCAGCAGCAGCAGCAGCAGGCGUGGGAUGGAUGCAUGCUGUGAUUUUAGUGCGCCACAGGAUCAUUCAACACCAAUGCUUUUGUCUUCUACAUUUGUUAACAGACAAGAACAUUUAAUGGACAACAGGAGCUGGUCAGUGUUUGGAAGCUGUGGGAGCUGUUGAGCAGGUUGGUGUAUGUGCAUCGAAGCUAAAAACAACUGGAUAUUCUGUCAUAGCAGGGACGUUGCACCAGAGGGAACCCACAAGAUCACAUAAUGGCACAAAGAGUGUGAGGCUGAGUCUUAGCAGCAGGUGGACAGAGUGAACAAGUGCUCCAGCACGUUGAGAGGCACAUCUAAGUCUGACCUCCCUCCCUCCCUGCAGGUAAGGUACAUCCACCUGCACAUUUAAAGUACUUCCAAUACAUCUACCAACCAAAGCCUGGAAGAGCAAAGGACGGAAGGGCAUGCGGCCAAUCAGACGGGCAGGGUAUCGUUUAAAACAGUGGUUACCAACUGGUGGAUCGCGUCCAAAAGUUGGUCGUGGGUCCAUCUUGAAUGGACCGCAAGUAACUUGCAAAUAUGUGGAGUUUGUAAAAAAUGUACUUUAUUUUUGAAGGACAGUAAAUUUCCAGCACUGGCUUUUAUUUUGAAGUGUCGUUUCCUGUUGUAGAGUGAGUGAUUAACAGGCAGCUACUUGACAGAGACAGCAAACUAGCCUGACGACAUGGCAAAACGUGAGUAUGAUGCUGAAUAUAUUAAACUGUGUGGACCUUGAACUAAUGAUGAAGGAGAAAUCUGGACCCUGUGGCUGGACCAGCUGGGAACCACUGGUUCAAUAAAUUACGAUGCCAGUACUGAUACCAGUACCCUUAAAGUGAUACCGAUACUUAUAGAGUGCUUCAUUUGAUAACAUUUGUGUUUUUACUUCAUUUGAUAUCUACCGUGACAAUGGAAGCAUUCUGUUGCAUGGAAUGCCACCAUCACUUCGGAUGAUUGAUCUGAUUGUGAUUAACAGUCACAUUUUCAAAGUCUUCAAAUCAAGUGGCACAGGCAUGUAGUACAGAAAUACUUUCGAACAUUUUGGUGGCAUCACUCUGAACUGUCAAAUACGCUGCACUUGGCUUCACCACAUUACAGACUAUAUCCUCCUGCGACCCUGCAUCCUCAUAUCAGGACAUCACAUUUUGGGUUUACAUGAACCUAUACUUCAUUCUGCUUAACUUAGACCUGUUGUCCUCGUUUGUGGACACUUUUUGUGCCAUCUAGUGGUAGUGAGACCACAAUACACUAAUUCAUGUAAAAACAAGAUGGUAGCCAUCUCUGCCAAGUCAGUCUGCAGCCGAUCCCGACACAAAAAUGGACAAAACCUGAUCAAGUUUAUGGUUGAAACUUGUUUAUUUAUGAUUAAUAACAUUUAUAGUUUGAUAUGGCAACAAAUUUGACCAAUUUUAGCAACAAUAACAAGAUAAGACACUGUUAAUAAGAAAGUUCUCAUUUGAGGACUUCGGGACUUAAUUAUUUAUGACAAUGGUUUUUUUUUAUACUUAUCGGGUCCUACUGAUCCCAAAUAGCUAGGAGAAAUCAAAAAAGCAUGGCAACCAAAAGUUGGGGUCUCAGGAGGAUAUGGGUAUUAGCUGCUGCACUACUGAGCCAAUCAAAAGUCACAUUAAAUUAAACCGCUUGUGGUGAUUGGCUGCGAGCAAAACCAUACAAACUGUCAUUCUUAUCUCUAGAUCUGGGUACAAAAACAGAUCGAAUGCAGGUAUCGUUUGACGUUUGAAGAAGAUUCAGUACGACUUGGCACUGGUGUUAUUUUGGCUGACAUUUUGAAAGUAGUGAGUACUGGUACCAGUCCUACCAGUCAGGGGAUUGAUUGCCAAUUUUCACUCCUCGAGCUUCGCUUAAAGGUCAAAGAUACAGCCUCCCAGUAUCACUUACCAUUGAAGCAUCAUUCUGGGAAGGGGGCCCACCUCAUGUUGGGCUGGGCUGAGGAGACAGAGGGCCCAUCGUUUUGUUCAUGAAUAAAAAUUCACAGAAACUCAACUCAAAUUUGAAUUUUAAAGUCAAACUUUUAUUUCGUCAUGCUUCUCUUGAUUAAAUUUUACCAAGUUGUUUCAUUCAGCAGAAUGUAAUAUUUUAUGAGAAGACAAAAGGCCUGUGUAGUUUAAUUAUUAUCAUUAAAAAACCUGCAGUGUUUCCACAUAAACUUCAUCAACCACAUCAUCAUUAUCAUUUAAUUUAUAUGGUGGAUAAGUGGAUAUUUCAUUAUUGAACAGUUGGUGGUUAAUGUGCAUUUAAUGGCAGUUAAUGUGAUUGUUGAGGUCAUAAUAGAUCUAAUUAACAACAUGUCUAACAAUGACCCAAUACAGGCCUGUGCAGACGAGCUGCUUCUGCUUGACUAUUGUCAGGGGGUUCAAGUGUCUGUCUGUGCUGAAAUGUUGGGAACCUCUUCUCUGUUGCGUACCCCACUGACCUAGAUUUCAAUUGUUUUCUGCCUGAGACAAUGGGAGAAAUGGUUUCAUAACCGAACACAAUACCUGGGUGUUAUUCAACACGAUUGUUGUUAAGGUUCUCAUUGUGGUGUGAUUUUGUGCCGAGCAUUGUGCGUUUUCUUUAUGUAACCUGCUCGAGCAGCCAGCCACUGACGAGCUUGUGCAGCCCACAGUAAAUCACUUGUAGACGGUUCAACAGAUGAUUGUGCGUGCAGCCCAGCAAGUCCAAUCACUGCCGGGUCAAACACAAACGCACUCUUCACAUCAUUUUUUUAAUCUUUUUUUUUUUUUUUGCAUAAAAUCUUAUUUUUUUAAGCAAUUUGAUACUGACCAGUCAUUACCUGAGAGACAAAUAUGUUUUUUAGUGGCUCACUAAACACUGAGGACAAACACACAAGUACUGUAAGUCAAGCUGUCACCUGGGCAGAAAGGUUGCUAUCUUAAUCUAGAAUUGAGGACGAGUCUGUGCUUAGACAGCAAAACCGUUUUUGUUCACUGUUAAGCAAUGUAAUUCUAAUUGUCUUGUACAAACUCUGAAAAAAUGUCUUUGCACCAGUUACACCUUUUUGUGUUGCAGGUGCAUCACAGGACAGUUUAAUUCAAAUAACAGUAGCAGACAAUGUCUUGCUUACUGCUGGGUAAUGCAACUUUAUUUGUGUAGGCACCUUUCAAACACAGUUGCAAAUUAAAAUCCCUUUCCUUGAUCAAUCAUUGGUAACAUUAGCAAUCAAUUAAUUGAUCAAUCUUGAUUUAAAAACAAAAACUUUGCUUAUACCAAAGAAAACCAAUUUUUUUUGCCUCAAAGCUCAACAACAUGUCACAUAUUCUUUGACAGCACUGAAUAGCCUAGAUGGGGCCAGACUACAUAAUGUAAAAAAUCCUGGAGAGCCAGCUGCUUCUCUCAUCAUAUGGGUUAUUAAUUAAACCCAAACAAAUUAGAUAAAUGCAACUGUUUCAUCUUUAAGUGGAAAAGUAUUCAACUGAAACCAGCGGCCCUUGCUGACGACCUUACGCUUCUUUACUGUGGUCAUGUCUGCUUCCUGGUAGGAAAUGUCUGCCUUUAGGUAACUGUUUGUUUGCUUGUUUGCUGUCUGUUAAUGAAAAUACAUUAGUAAUGCCUGCGGAGGUCCUACCUGAUGCUUCUCUACAAACUGUUUGAUAGUCCUGCCAUCGUGAGGUGAAUGGGAAAAAAGUGAACUUUCUUGACUAACCAAUAUUGUGCGGUAAAUGGACCUGCACUAGUAUGGUGCCUUUCACCUUUUGUUGUCUUCUGACCACUCAAAGUGCUUUUUUACCCCAGUCACAUUCACCCAUUCACACACUGGUGGCUGAGGCUACACAAGGUGCCACCUGCUACUCAGCUUUUUAACACACACACACACACCAAUUCAACAGCCAUCAGGAGCAAUUUGGGGUUCAGUAUCUUGCUCAAGGAUGCUUUGAACCCCUGAUCUUCCAAUUAAUGGAAGCCCUGCUGAACCUUCUGAGCCACAGCCACCUGUGCUGCGGGACACAUGUAGUAUAUUUAGUAUGUUUUCAACAACAAGCUACAGGCCUUUUAAAAGCAGUCCACAGGCCAUGAUUGGCGCACAGGCCGAACUUUGGACAUGCCUGUCAAGAUGUAGAGGCCUAGAUAUAUGAAACACAUUAAAUAUAACUGAAUAGUGCUUCACUUGCCCAUCUCAUUUUCCAGUGUCGUCACUGUGCUCUUCUUCCAGGCCCCAAGAUGGCAACCUUGUCAUAAAAUAGUGCCCUUUGUUAGCUAACGUUAGUCAUUGAAACAUGGUUUCAAAACACACCUCCCUACUGAUAGCUUGAACAUCAUAGGAGACUACACAUUGUUUAUAUUUCACAAUCAGAUCUUAAUUUCACAUUGUAAUAGGAGAUUCCCCAAAUUCAAUAAAGGAUGUAAAAGCACAGUAGAGAAAUUAAUCAGUCAAAGGCACAAAACAGCAGAGACUUUUCUUUUGAUUUAGAGUUGACUGAAGUUGGGGAAAUUUAAAGGUAUAUUGUGCAGGAUCUCCCUAAAAAAUGAUGUACUGUAUAUACUCAAAAAAAAAAAAAAAGUAAUCCCUCUGAAUCGUCACAUACGGCCCAAUAGAAGUGUGUGCCGCUGUAUUUAUCUGUCUCUGCCCUCUGCCUGUAGUCUUUAUUUUCCAAGAGGAAACUAUAAAAAUGGCGGACACAGCAUCAAAAAAUGCUGAACUGAAAUGCCAAGUGGAUAAAGCCUGGGUUGACUAUUACUUUAGUAGCCAACAAUUCCUGCAUAGUCUACCUUUAACAUCACGAGGAAGUUGGUUUCAAUGAUGUUUAGCACAGCAGCUAAAAGCAGCUUCACCCUAAUUGGUUCUGACUCAAGGGAAUACCAUGACAGGUUCCUGAGGAUCUAAGAAACCUUCUGGGUUUAUGUUCAUCAAGCAGAUGGGCACAUGAUGUACCUAAUUUAGUGAUUAAUUAAAGGCACUCGAACUCGAAAACUCAACUUGUCAAAAAAAAAUGUUGUUUGCUUAAGCCGCCUUCGUAUACAGAUAGAAAUCCAGGCCAUUUCUAAUCAAAUAAGUGAUUACUUUAUCAGUAAUGCAUCAUGUUGCAUCAAGUUUUGCACCGUUGGGACCAAAGUAGAUAAGGUAGAACAUGACAGUUUGUGUAGACGGGGACGGGCGGGUGGAGGAGAAAAGAGAGGCAGAGUGCUCCAUGCUCGGUAGAUAGAUGAAGGAAGAGCGAGCAGAAGGCAAAUUAAUCAAAGGACAUCAAAGGCAAAUGGGUUGAGGGAGCGAAGGAAUGAAAGAGUGCCGCCCGUUUGUCCCAUGCCGUUCCCGCUCCGCUCCGCCUGAGCCUGCUCUCAGAUCUCAGGGCCAUUGUGCCGCACGGGUGCAUGGAGGGGGCUGGGGCACAAUGCACACAACAAAACAUACACACACACACACACUAACAACGUCUGAAAGCUUCAAAAGGAAGAUGUGUAAUUUUUCUAUCUUGUCAAACUCAAACUCCUCUGUAUUCUGUUUCUGAAUCUUGUUUUAGUUUCUUGCCCUUGGUCAUGUACCAUUUCCUGCAGUUUUAUUCACCAUCAAUUCACCAGCCGCACAAACUUUAAGCGGAACAUCAACAACACACAGUCACACACUCUCUAACACGUACUGUAUGUUGUUGUCAGUGUGAACUCAGUGCUGGCUUGUGGCAGCAGUGGACGGCUCUCUUUGAUAAUGCCCCGCUAGAUUCAGCCGCCACUCUUUUUAUCGUUCAGCCAGUUAGUUGGCUCAAAGUUGACUCCAAUUUGUGCUUCUCGUUUGGGUUCCUGGUUGGCACAGACUUCUUUCUGUGUCCAUGUAGACUGUGACCAUGCCCCCGUCUGUUGCCUGCCUAUGUACAGAACAUUUUGUUUAAACCAGUUUUAUACUCUUGAUCGCUCUCUGCAGAGACUUUUUCAGUCCAUUGCUGUGGUGUAAUAUGCAUCAUUAGAAUCACACCUGGCUUUGUGUUGUGGGAGAGAAAAGUGUGUCCUGAAGUGUGCAGAUGCUUUUCAUUUCAUUUAUUUAUCUAUACAGGAAAGGAAUUAAAAGUAACAUUGUGUGUUACAGUUAAAACUGGCCCGACUCAGUUAAAAACUUGUUUUCAGGAGCUUCCUGUUAAGCAACAAAAACACAUUACAAUACAAAAUAAAUGCAGAAACAAUCAGCAAAGGCAAAACAACAAAACGUAGGCAGCUACAUAGACACUGCAGAGAAGCAGACUGAAGUGAAGUGAGUAAAAUAAGAUGUGAGAUUUAAAUCGGUGGUUGCAGGUAUGUCCUUCCUUCAGAUAGUGUCUGUUUGAAAUGUAUAAUAGAGGUUAUUGCUCUAAUGUGGUGGGGGAUCUCGUUCUAGAUCUUAGUGUAAGUGUGAGAAAAUGAUCUCUGACCAUAAUUGUUUUGGUACAUGAAUAAGAGGAUGCGAAAUUGAUCUGGUGACGUUAUAGUGAAAGAAUCUGUUCUAAGCAAACUUGCAUAACUGAUUUGGAUACAUUUUAUUUUAUUUCUUUUGUAUCUAACCUUUAUUUAAGCAGGAAUAUUCCCACUGAAAUUCAAAAUUUCUUUUACAAGGGAGUCCUACAUUACAUAUAGGCAUAUCUUGCAUCCUCUAGCACACACAAACCCCACUGUUUUGGUUUAAUACACACUCUUUACAGACAAAAUUUGAGAUUCUUUGAUGCAGAAUUGCACUUUGAAAUCAUAAAAGUUUUAAAAUGUAAAGUUUGACUUUGUCUCUCUUUCUCUACAUACAUUUAAGGUGAAAUUUUUAAGCAAUCCUAGCUUUUAGUUACAUUAAGCCUUAUUAGAACAGUGGGUUUUACUUCAUUUUUUGUAUUUAACCUUUACUUUACCAGGAAUAUUCCCUUUGAGAUUCAAAAUUUCUUUCAUAAGGGAGUCCUGCAUUAUGUAUUGGCAAAUCUUGCAUCCUCAAGCACACACAGACACCACUAUUUUGGUUUAAUACACAGUCUAUACAGACUAUACCAAACAAAAUUAAAAGAUAAUUCAAUGCAGAAUUGCACCUUGAAUGCACAUAAGUUUUAAAAUGUAAAGUUUUACUUUGUCUCUCUUUCUAAAUCUCCAUUUCUCCACAUACAUAAAGGUGAAAUGUAUGAGCAAGCCUAGCUUUCUAUUUACAUUAAGCAUUAUUAGAACAGUGAAUGGUCAUAAAGCUUUACAUGUUCACUGUGAUUCUCACAUAACGUUGUUUGAGCUCAUUUUUGGCAGAUGUAAGGAUUUAGUCGUAUAUCAGCUUUCCUAUAAAAGCACUAUAAACGUGGAAGAUAUACUAUAUCUUUCUGAUUAAAUAAACAUUUUGUCUGACAGUCUGUAUGUCAGUUUUACUUAUACUUUUGCAGCCACACUAAAAAGACACAACCAAAAAUUUGACAAUAAAUGCAAGAUGCUAAAACAAAAAAAAAGUUUCAAUUUUCUCCCGGACUUUAAAAAUACAUCAUGUUCAUAAGCACUUUUUUUUUUUUACUGUAUCUUUAUGUAACAAAAGCAGAGUUCAGCAGAGAAAGACAAAAGUGAUGUGAACUGACAAUAUUUUAAUGGGAGGGAUAAAAGACUGUAAGUGAUCAAUGGAGGCGGCGGCCAAGUGAUGCCCGGGGGACGGCUUUGAUGUGGGCAUCCUCAGAGGGACGCCGGGGACAAUGCCCCCUUUGAGGGCAUGCAGAAUGGCAGACACUUCCCUCUCUCUGGCUCUCUCACACUCUGUCACUCAACCUCCCUCCAUCUCCCGCUCGCUCCUCUCACUCACGCUGCGACUCCUCACUUCAGAUGCUCGCAGACGUCUCUGUCGCUCUGCAUUCCUCUGCCCCAGUGUCACAUCAGCCCAUAUCCUUAUCUGCAUAACUUUCUCCCUCUUCCUCUCACAUUAAUUAAUUCAAACAACACCCCCUUUCCUGCCGUCCAGCCAAUGACUCCGCCUUCCCCUCCUCCCCCCUCCCUAUCUGCAUCUCCCUUUCCCUCCCUCUGUCUCUUUUCAUAGAACCAAACCUCUUUGUGAUGUCCAGCCUUGGCAAGUUGCGCCUGAUUUGCUGUCACAGUCUUAAUGAAUUCAUCUGUUUGUGUAUUGGCCAUGGGAGCAUUUCUCCCUCCUCCCUCCCCUCUCCCCCUCACUCUUUCCUAUCCUCUCCCCCCCUCCCUCUUACUGGUGUUCCCCUGGGGGCUCUAUAUAUACCAGGGACCACUCCAGGCACCUAUUGUUCCUCUAAGUAAACUUACAGACAGAUGCCCUGCACCACAGUGUGGGAGAGAGCCCAGAGAGUCAGGAGGAGGGAGACAGUUACGGAUUGCAGAGAGCAACCAGACAGUAAGGAAACACUGCAGGCUCGCCUCGCCUCCAGCACCUCUGCAUCCUCUCCGGUUGUUCCGCGUGUCUCCUGCCUGCUCGCUUGUUGUCACUGUGGAGUGGAGGUCUGAUGCUCUGACACCAUGCUGCUGCUGAUAUCACUGCUGCUUACGGGACUGGACUGCUUGCUGGGAGCCCCGACAGGUCGAGAGGUCUACAGGAUGCCCCAGAGUGCACUCAAAGCUCUGUCUGAUCGUGGCACUGUGGUUCUAGAGGCAGCCAUGACGAGUGCCCUGUCCGCCCUCGAGCGCGCAUCAUCUGAGAGAAGUCGGGCUGAGGCCGGCUGUCGGGGCUGCGUUCCCUGUCUGUUUCAGGACUGUGGACAGCUGUCUGGCUCCUGUUCGUCUCCUGCCAAUGCCUUAUCAGAGCCCAGCUGUGAUGUCAUCAGUAAAGCCCAGAAGCUCCAGGAUGAGGCUGAGCGGAGCUGGGCUCUGAGCCAGGCCUGUGCGUACUAUCAGCACCGCUGCCCAGCUGGUGAACUGGACAAAGAGAGCUGCAUCAGGAUCAUGGGUGAGAGCUGCAGUGCCCGUGUCCUUCAGUGCAGCCUGCUCAACACGAUGCAGAACCUGGAGCCUGCGACACAGACGCAUGCUCAGGCAGUGUGUGGUCAGAGGUCAUCCACGGUGCAAAACAUCACACAGCCUCGCUCACGGAUUGUGGGCGGGUCGCCUGCUCCUCCGGGCAGUUGGCCCUGGCUGGUCAACCUCCAGCUAGAUGGUGGUCUGAUGUGUGGAGGGGUCCUGGUGGACAGCUCCUGGGUGGUCACUGCUGCUCAUUGUUUUGCUGGCAGCCGAAGUGAGAGCUACUGGACAGCCGUGGUGGGGGAGUUUGACAUCACUAAGUCUGACCCUGAUGAGCAGGUCCUCAAAGUGAAUCGCAUCAUCCCUCACCCUAAGUUCAAUCCAAAGACAUUUAACAACGACAUAGCCCUGGUGGAGCUGACAUCCCCAGUGGUCCUGUCCAGCCGUGUCACUCCGGUGUGUCUCCCCUCUGGCAUGGAGCCCCCUACUGGCAGUCCAUGUCUGGUGGCAGGCUGGGGCUCCCUCUAUGAGGAUGGCCCGUCUGCUGACGUGGUGAUGGAGGCCAAGGUGCCCCUGCUGCCUCAGAGCACCUGUAAGAGUGCGCUUGGCAAAGAGCUGGUCACCAAUACUAUGCUGUGUGCCGGGUAUCUCUCCGGAGGCAUCGACUCCUGUCAGGGGGAUUCUGGAGGCCCCCUGAUCUACCAGGACCGAAUUUCUGGUCGGUUCCAGCUCCACGGUAUUACCUCCUGGGGAGACGGCUGUGGGGAAAAGGGCAAGCCUGGAGUCUACACACGGGUGUCUGCUUUCUCUGACUGGAUUCAGGCUGAGAUACAGAAGUCUUUUGGAAGCAGGGAGCCAACAUGUCCGGAGCUUCUGAAGACAACAGACAUGACGGAGGAGGAACAGAGGUCAGAGUUCAGCUCUCUGUGUCGCUUCUAUACCCUGACCUGCCCUGCUGGUCAGUCUUCCAGCGCUUGCAGCCGAAUGGCAGAGGACAAGUGCCUCACCCGCUUUAAGAAAUGUCAGUUGCGUUCAUUCCUACAAACCCUGCUGGACUUGCUCCAGAGGGCCGAGGACUACAUCCGGGACAAAGUCGACCUGACCUUCUUCACCCAGACGCUGCCUCAGCUGGUGGAGCACAUCUAUAGCACAGCUUUCAUCCACACCAGGGACAGGAGGGACCUGAGCCACGGUCUCUUACAGGUUAAAGAACAGCUAGGUGGAGCUCUGGGGCCAACAGAGCAGAAUGCGUCUCCAGCUCCCCCAGCCUUAUUUAGAGAGGUGGGACCAUCAGUGGGUGACUGGGAGAAAUACCUGAGGAACAUGGCUGAGGACCUGGACAAACAACACACUGACACAUCCACCGAAUCCACACCAACAAGACAGGAGGACAAGCUUUUCUUACAGACAGAGGACUCCUCGGUACAUCAGCUAGAGGGAGAACUGCGAUCUGUUAUCUCAACUUUGCGCUCCAAACUGUACACCCGAGCUGCUCCUCCCAUCCUGCACCUGGACACAAGCUACCUCCAGGAGGAUUCUCCCAACAGUCCCCCUUUAACUACUUCAUCCACUGGAGCACCGGACCUCACUGACCGCUCCUCCUCCUCCUCCUCCUCCUCCUCCUCCUCCUCCUCACAGGAACCCCACGAGCCUUGGUCCCUUCUGUCAGCCCUGAUGAGUGAAAUGCAGAAAUUAAGCGCACAGGAUGAAACUGGGACAGAAGAUGUGUCACAAAGUGAAACUUCUCCUGAUGUUAACUGGAGCGCCACAUCAGAGGAGUUUGCUUUUGCUGAGAACGGAGACAGAACAGAAUCAAAAUCCUCAGCGUUGCCGCUUCCAGUGCAGCCAACAACUGUCGUUCAACCGGUCACCGAGCGUGCUCACACAGAGACUGGUGACCCCAAACAAGCUGCGCAUGUUGCAAAGACAUUGAGUCUUCACAGAAAAUAUCGGAGCCUUCUUCGCAAGAGGCAGAUACCUGGGGCCGGCGGGAAAGUUUGUCCUGGAGUGAGAGAGUCAUCACAACAAGUCAGCCAAGUCAGAGACUCGUACAGCUGGGUCUUAAACAUCCCAGGCAAGAACCUACACAUGAAUUUCCAAGAGGUUUUAGUUGAUCUGAGCUCCAAGAACGAUCGAGGACUUUACCAAGCGCGAGUCAGAGCUGUAGUGGGAGGACGACCUUUGACCUUCUACAGUCUUGUGGGCCUGGAGAAUGAGUCAUUCUACCGCAGUGUGCCAAGGAUCAUCGCUUUGGCACUGGAGGCACUCAAGACUUAACUUUAUCAAAACAGCAAGUGAGAUGACAUGACACACAAAAGACUCAUGUGAGAGACGAUAGCACAGAGACUCUCAAAGAGACCUCGUCAUGGGACAGAGAGACGCACAUAAAACGCACACUCACUCAGACUUUACUUCCUCUGCCGUCUCCUGUGAAAACCACUAUUUUGUUUUCCCCAUCUGAGAGCCGGACUUUGGCUCUAAAUGAAAACACAACCAUGAAUGUAUCAGUCCAACUAUCGCCCACACAUCAUGCCACAGGAUGUUUUUUUAUGUGGUCGGAGAUGCAGCCUUGUCUAACUUAUGAAUCUGUACAAAAUAAGUUAUUCAUAUUGUCUUUUGCAAAGGUUGAGCCUCUUGUGAAGCACACAGACUGUAUAUAUUAUUCCUAUACUUACCUUAU